AUGGUUCCCUUUUCCAGCUUAUUGGGGCACGAAAAGUGUGACAGGUACUUAAUUUUUAGCGGAGAAUCUGCCGUUGGGGAUAACUUCCGGGCAUUUUUCUAUUUUCUUGGCCUUGCUUAUUGUUUUAUCGGAUUAUCGGCUAUAACCGCUCGCUUCUUUCUAUCGAUGGAAAAUGUGGUCAAGCACACAAGGAAGGUAGUGGAGGUAGAUCCUGUUACUAAAACUGAAACUAUUAGACAUGAAAAAGUUUGGAAUUACACUAUUGCGGAUAUUAGCUUGUUGGCCUUUGGAACUAGCUUUCCCCAGAUAUCAUUAGCCACCAUUGAUGCUGUACAAAACGUAGGGAAGCUGUAUGCUGGAGGUUUGGGACCCGGAACACUUGUUGGUUCUGCUGCAUUUGACCUUUUCCCCAUCCACGCUAUUUGUGUAGUAGUUCCAAAAGCAGGAGAGCUGAAGAAGAUUGCUGAUCUAGGAGUAUGGCUGGUGGAGCUGUUUUGGUCAUUUUGGGCUUACAUUUGGUUAUACAUAAUUUUGGAGGUAUGGACUCCAAACGUUGUGACUCUGUGGGAGGCCUUGUUGACAGUGCUGCAAUAUGGAUUACUAUUGAUCCAUGCUUAUGCUCAAGACAAACGUUGGCCCUAUAUCUCUCUACCUAUUGCAAGAGAUGAGAGGCCCGAGGAUUGGGUAACAGAAGAGACUCCGUAUUUUCAACAGGAAGCCCAUCGGAAGGUGAAUUUCUCUGGGACAAGUCAUGUUAAUGAAGAAAAUGGGGACACUGUUGAUAUUUUUUCCAUUUAUUCAGAAAACCCGACAGAUCCAUUGUAUGUCAGAGUACCUCAAAUAGAUGAUAAGGCUGAAAUUUUGGACAAAGCCAAGGAAACAAUGUUGGAGGAUACCCACUUGCUUACAAUUUGGAAAAAGCAAUUUGUGGAUGCUCUGAGGUUGGAGAAGCCAGAAACAAAAAAACUCAAAAAUAUGUGUCACCGCCUAGCUCGAAUUUUCUGGCAGUUGCUGCUUUUACCCUGGAGAUUUCUGUUUGCGUUUGUUCCUCCAUGCCAAAUUGCUCAUGGAUGGAUCUCCUUUAUUUGCUCGCUGCUUUUCAUCAGUGGGAUAGCUUACAUUGUGACUAAGAUCACAGAUCUUAUAAGUUGUGUUACAGGAAUAAAUGCUUACGUGAUAGCAUUUACAGCCCUAGCCAGUGGAACCUCGUGGCCUGACCUUGUCGCAAGCAAGAUUGCUGCUGAACGUCAAAAAACUGCUGAUUCUGCAAUUGCAAAUAUCACUUGCAGCAAUUCGGUGAAUAUAUAUGUUGGAAUUGGUGUUCCAUGGCUCAUUGAUACUUUGUACAACUUCAUAGCAUAUGGAGAACCUCUUCAGAUCCAAAAUGCAGAGGAUCUAAGCUUUUCGCUGAUUGUUUUCUUCUCCACUUCCGUUGGGUGUAUAUCAGUUUUGGUUUUCAGGCGUAAAAUUUUUGGCGCAGAACUUGGAGGGCCUAGGCUCUGGGCAUGGGUUACCUGUGCCUUUUUCAUGUUGUUGUGGAUUAUUUUUGUUGUACUAUCUUCACUCAAGGUUUCCGGAUUCAUUUAG